CACGUGAUUACCUUCUCCUGUGUUGCCCGUCGGGCGUGCAUUCCGCGAGCUCAACAUCUUCGACGACGACGACGACGAAGUGUUGCUGACCUGUCCUAACCUCUUACCACGAUGUCCUCCGCACUUGUUGCCAGAAAUGCGUUGAAGAGGCGAAUUGCCACCACUUUCGCGAAGAGGGCGUUGAGGCCGAUCACUACUACUUCUUCAGUCAAGAAAGAUUCUGAAUUCGCAUACGUUCCUGGUGGACCCAUCUACAGGGGCACAGUUAACGAUCCUACCACCUUCCCACCUCCCUCCCGAACGCAUGGCUCUUAUCACUGGGCCUUCGAGCGCCUUCUCUCCGCAGGUCUCGUCCCGCUCACUGUCGCCGCCUUCGUUACAAGCGGAAGUAACUACCCCAUCGUGGAUGGACUCUUGGGUAUAAGUUUGGUUGUGCAUAGCCACAUUGGAUUCGACUCUAUCCUGGUCGACUACUUGCACCCUCGUAAGUUCCCCAUUCUCGGACCCACCUUUUCGUGGCUCCUGCGAGGGGUCACUGCUGCGGUCCUUGUGGGAGUUUACCAGUUCAACACGAACGAUAUCGGUUUGACGGAACUCAUUGCAAAAGUCUGUUUUGAGCACGCAGUCUUUCAGUUUGUCUGGAAUCUGCUCGCAAAGCCAGGUGCCGUCUAUCUGGGGCUCUGCCCACCACAAGGAACUUUUCAUCAUUGCCUAUCUGUCCUCCAAAUAUCUCAAUCAGGUCAGAUAUCGUAGCCCCACUCUAAACCAAGGUGGAAUCCGCUAAUCACUCAAGAAUGCCGUCGCCAAGUCCAGUAGGUGUUGAUAGUGAGCUGGCAGUUGAGUGGAUCAACAACAUAUGCUCAGAGCCCCGCUAUCCGCAUUCUACGAAUUUCUAAA